AAAGACCCCAAAUUGAAAAUGAACUCCGUCAGAAUAAGCGGCCUGGAUUCAACCUCCGGCCUCACGGCCCUCACCAACAUCACAGUAACGGCAGAUGUCUCCAUGAAGAACCCCAACGUGGUGGCGUUUAAGUUCAGUAACGUCACGACGACCACGGUUUACUACGGCGGCGUGGCGGUGGGGGAGGGGCGGAACCCGCCGGGCGUGGCGGCGGCGCAGCGGACCUUGAGGCUGAACGUGACGGUUGAGUUGGCGGUGGGGAAGUUGCUUGGGGUGCCGAGUUUGGGCAGGGAUUUGACGUCUGGGGAGUUGAAUGUGAGUACUUAUACGAGGGUUGGUGGGAGGGUGAAGAUACUUGGGUUGUUCAAGAAGCAUGUUGUUGUGAAGAUGAAUUGUACCAUGUCGGUUAACGUUACGAGUCAAGAGAUCGGAGAUCAGAGUUGCUGGCAAAAAGUUUCGAUCUAAAGAAUUUAUUGGUAUUCCUAGUCUUUGAAAUUUUUCGGUUUGCAUAGGGAAGUGUUUCGGACGCAACUGUUGGAGAUUCGGCCCGCCGUCUGAUGACUGUGGGUUCCACAUGCAUAACAUGCAGUUUAUAUACAUUGGAGUAAUUGUUUUCGAAUCUCUAUGUUUCUACUAGAAUCUUUAUAUUUGUAGCACUGCUCUUUCUGAUUACAUGGAACGAGAGAAAAUUUUCUUGUAAUGGUGUGUACGUGGUU